CUGAAUGGUUUAGCGGAGGAUUUUGUUGAGUGUGUCCUCAGGCAAGGGUAGAUAUUGCGAAACUUUUUAACUAGGUUUUCAGUCCACUCAGGCCAUCAAGACGCUCGUAGCAGAAGUCUUCGUUACAAUUAUCGCCUGGACUGUAAGGCUGUAUAAAAAAGCUAAACUUGUCAAAGGGGAUUUAAAACUGUUAAUUAGCUUGGUUUUCGACACUCCAUCAAUCACACGUCCCGCAGGACUCGUUUGAAGAAAGCAGCCCCAUCACAUCAUUGGCUUAACACUUAAUCUCCUAAUACGGACCCGAGGGACUCAAUAGACAAGCAGUAUUAUAACACAUCAUACACGUGCAAAUUAGUGAUAUGUACACACUGGAACGGUAGUCUGCAUAUUUAACAAAGACCCCUGACAGUGCUAGUGAUCAGUCACUCCAAAAGCCAGUAAUCUCUCGACUAAAGUCAUCCAAGACCGGACGGCGGGACUUCUUACUAACAGAGCGCGCGUAUUACACGGAAGGAGAGAGAGGAACUGUAGAUGAUCCGAAACGAAGACACCAAGUUUAAAAAACUGUUUGUCGGAGGUAUUCCGUACGGUACAAACGAUGAAUCGCUACGGGAAUUUUUCUUGAAAUACGGGGCAAUCAAGGAGGCUGUUGUGAUUCGAGACAGAACCACUCAAGAGUCGAAAGGUUAUGGAUUUGUAAGUAUGGCUGCGCUUACUUUUGCGCGUCAUUAGCAACGUAGCGAUUUCUCGUCUGGGAUCCACUGAUUUUGAAAUGAUUUCAUUUCAUCUCCAGGUUACGUUCCACGACAAGGAUUGCGCGGAAAAGGCGUGUGAAAACAUGAAUCCCAUCAUUGAUGGUAGACGAGCGAAUGUCAACUUCGCCUAUCUCGGCGCGAAACCGAAACCUUUCAAAGGUCAGUUUUACAACGAUCACCAUUAAGAUGUGUAUGCGAUCUGCAAUCGAUUUUACCCGAGAAAACUCUAUAAACAUUUCAUAACUUCACAUCUUAUUAUUGGCUCAUUUCUCGCUUGAAUAGCUUUGAAUCGAAAGGAGACCGGGUAUCAAUAACUGGGCAAGACUGUUAAGGUAAAUAUUUCUGUUUGAUUACAAACGCCAACACACGUAAUUUUUUUCUCUUUGUUUUCAGGAAAUGGAAAGAAUGCCAUUGCCAGUCAGGGAUUUGUCUAUAAACAGAACACGAUAAUAGGGUAAGGCUGCCAACGAUUUCAAUAUCAUUCAGAUGAGACUAGCUGUCAGCAGUUUUAAUGGACAAUGAGUACUUUGCGAAUUUUUUUCUUUAAUCUUAGUGACCUUUUUAUCACAAAGGUAGGUAAUUUUAGUAUUGUAUAAAACUCUUUCGGCAGACUUGAGACUCUUCAAUAUACCUUGGAACUGAUCGAACGGGAAAUACUUGUUCGUAAGUUGAAUUUAACGUCUGCUUGAAAAGAAUUCGGAAGAACUUUGUGUGAAGCCGUUAAUGAAACAACUUUUCAUAGCCUUUAAAAUGUUUCUUCGAAGAGAAUGGGGCUAAUAGCUUGCGACCUUUCAGCCUUGCAAACAGACCACGCAGUUAACAAAUGGCCCAUAAUGCUAUAAAGGAAAACAAAGAUUACUAAAUUGCAUGGUGAAACACAUAAGAAAAAUCAAAGGGUCCGACAAGACUUCUCUUAUUAUGGUAUUCAACAAUUAUCCGGGUGGUUCGUCAAUUAUUUACUUUACAGUCUUGAUAAUACAAGUAGUUAUUGACCCCCUUCAAAAUACCGAGUCUGCAUAAGUCUGGGAGCUUUCCGGUAUACGACGUUGUGAUUUUGUCGAAGUCCGAAAAAGUGUUUAUAAAAAGAGACAAACACGAACAAAGGAGUCUGGUCUUAAGUCAGUUAUUUUGUUUUGUAAAUCAGGUCAACAAGUAAUAACUAUAAACUUUACAAAGGCUUGAUUAAUAAGCGCUAAGUAUCCCAUCAGUCAGACACUUGUAAACAAGCUUGUACGACAUGAAGCCUCUCCAAAGCCUCAAACCUUUACAUCAAAGAAAUAAGGGAAAUGAUCUUUUAGAACUGUGACAACGUAAUCUUGUCCCCUUUGGGACAAAGAGGGUUAACUUCCAUUCAAGACAAAUGAUUUGAAUAUUAUACCUAAAUUCUUAAAAUGUGUACUUUGUAAGAUCACAAAAUUGAACCUCGUAAAGUUUAUUUGUAGACAUAAAUCUUUCUCGCGCGGUCUUCGCCAGCCGAAAGAAUUAGUUUUUUUUGAAAUUUGAACCUAAUUCUUGGGUAAGAAUUAAGUUUCAAAAACUUUGUUUUAAGCCGGCUUCUUACAACAAUACAGCUGCUUAUUGUAAAAGCAUAGUUAAAAACAAUUUAUUGUUUUGAUCUCCAGGUCGCAGCCAUUCGCUUCCAGUUUUACCAACGGAUUCUCGGCUGGUUUCCCCGCUCAACAGCUUCAAUCAGUACCACUGAUCUCGCCGGUUCCUCAGUCGCCAAACGGACAGAUUCCAUCUAUGCAGCCUUCGGUGCAACCAUUACAGCUUAUUGAAUACAAUGGCGUUCCAACACUUGUCUUUGGCACUGUUUACGAUACGGUUUAUUAUUCACCUCCACCGUCUUACGUCCCUUCCCCAACUCUCCCCGCCAAUUCGAUGGCGCCGUCGUUCACAUAUCAAACGGUUGCACCACCGACGCCACCGCUCAGUACUCCUUCGUUACACGGACAACAUUUCUUUCCAACACACGUCGAACUAAUUGGACAGCCGCAGAUCUAAACUUGGUUUCAACUUGAACGCAUUUACAGAGACCAGAGAACUCAUAUACAAAAUAGAGCUACUAUACGUUAGUUGGUAGGCCGUUUAAAAGAACAAAACAAAAAAAACAGAAGAUGAGCAUCCUGAUUAUUCGAAAUACUCAGUCGCUAGCGACUCGUAUAAAUUUCCAAUCAAUAUUCUCACUAAAAAAAAGGACGGCAAGCUGUAGAGUUGCGGAUAUUGUAGACCAAGAUAUCAGAAAAAAGAUAUUUUAAAUCAAUUUUUCUAAUUUAUUACCAAUUCUUAUUAGCAAAAUAAGAACCUAAUAUUUUGCGACCAAAUCGUAACUGUUUUAUUGCUGUAGAUCACAAUCAAAACAUGUAUACAGUCAACAAGAGAAAAGCUAGCAAUUAAUUGUACAAAGAAACACAGCCCCAAGCAAAUUGUUGUAAAUUUAGGCUUCGUAGAUAGGAAGCUGUCAUUUAGGGCAAUUGCCAUUUACAAUUCCUCAACCCUAGCAUGGGUUAGUGGUGCAAACAAUGUAGAAGCAUAACUGGUAUAGAAAUACAAAAGCAUAUAGCACUGUUAAGAUAGGCCAAUUAGUUUAAAAACUGCAAUCACACAUAAAAAUAGAGAGGCAAAUAUAGUUAUGAACCAAUUUUCAAAUUGUGUGUCUUGCUUAUAGUCACAGUUUGUUGUCUUUAGCAGUUAAUUUGUUAACUGAGGUUUCUUUUAACGCAUCAAACUUCGAAAAUUUUAUUUCAUCUUGACAUGCGAUAUAACAGUUUAUAAAUGGACGCAAUUGGUAAUGAAAGCUCAGAAGAGUGUGUGAAAGUUUCACCGUUACUCUGGAGACUGUUCUUUCGAUGCCAAUUUGUCUGAAGAAUAUUUCAGUGAACACGAAAUCUUCAGUGAUAUAGGUUUGAGAAUUAUGAUACUCAAUUUAACAACGGUUAUUACAUUACUACGUCCGGUAGGUGCUUUGAUGUUUAGUCAUUUCCGAUGAAAAGCUCUUUACCUUGAUAUCAGUAUCCGGACUAAAGAUACCUGUUCUUGAACGGUUUGAAUUUUUUCAUGGCGGCUUGAUAACUCAUGUGUGGGCAAACGUGGGACAAUUCAUUUUCUCAUGUUUUUUUGAGCCAGCAAAUAAUGCAAGGGCAUGAACCAAAAUCUUCAGCAAUAGCCUGACUUAUGUUUUUUAAAAUACGCGAGUUAGUUCCACGAUGAAAAUGAAUCAUCAUUGACUGUAGUCAGAGCACAGGUGAUUACGCGUAAAUCAAUCUUAUACAAUGUAGACAGAUAGACCGCAAUAAGGAUUAUGUACCUCUCAACAUUUUAGUUCCUUAGGCAUUAAUACUCUUCUGCGUUGAAGUACCUAAAUUAUCAUGGCAGGUGUUGAAUAUAUUGCUGAGGGAUUGCAUAGUGCGCAACAUAGAUUUAAAUCACGUUUCGACACUCGAGAAGAAUUUAACUUCAAGUCUGCCGCUUAGCUUUUACAAUCCAUUCUUGCCACAAUGUGGAAGCGUCUG